CAACGUAUUCCCGAUCGUUUUUCACGCGUGCGGCUUUCCGCGGCGUGAAUCCUCGCGAAACGUCAUCGCCGCGGGGAUCUCGCCGCGCGAAAACCGCGACAAUCGGCUGUCAAAACAUAACCUCGCCGCGCCGUUGUUGUCACCGUCGUUUGACGUUUCACCCGUGCACGGGGCCCUCGCCCUCCUCAUUGAGUUUCUCUUAAUUUAAGGGCAACGCGCGACCUUCACGUCACGCACGGUUCCUUUCAUUCGCCUCUACGCUUCCUCCUAAAUUUCGCAAAAAAACGAAAAUUGCAUUUCAGAAAAGUUUCGUUCUGUAAUAUCGCGUAGUAUUAUUUUUUCAAUCUAUUUCCAGACUCGCAUUUUAAAACGAUCGUUUGUCCGUUCGAUACGAGAAAGAUUUAUAUAAAUUUAUCGCUACAAAUAUUGCUACGGCUCCGAGACUGGACAGUCAAAAAUGCGUUAUUAGUCUUAUAAGGAUGUAGUCUUUAUAAUACCGUUUAAUGUAAUAUGUAGAGAUUAAUAUUGUGCUUUUCUUAUUUCAUGAUAUUCUUUCCUUGUGACGUUCAUCCUCGAAACAGCAUUGGUACUGCUAGCAUUUGCUGGGUCCAUCGGAAUGACAUUUGUCAUUCUCGGUUGUGCAUUACCCAUAUACAAAGUAUGGUGGCCAUUUUUCGUCGUACUGUUCUACAUACUGGCACCUAUUCCAACUAUAAUAGCACGCCGCUAUACAGAUGAUUCGGGAACCAACAGUAAUCCGUGUUUAGAGUUGGCGAUAUUUAUUACGAUGGGAUGCGUGGUGUCCUCCUUUGCUCUUCCAAUUGUGUUGGCGCGAUCUCCGGAGGACCAGCCAGUGAUACAAUGGGGCGCUUGCUACCUGACAUUAGCAGGCAAUAUUGUUGUGUAUUCCACUCUAGUCGGAUUUUUCAUAACCUUCGAUCAGGACGAUACCGAUUACAACAUGUGGUGAGGUACUACUGCAUCGUACUUACUCAUCAUGAUAAAAAAAAACGUUUUUUAUGCGAUUAAAGG